UUGAUGGUCUGUAAGAGGAACAUUUCUAGUUCAUUGCAUUAUAACAACAUGGGUUUUCUUCAAAGGGUGUUUAUUUUUGUGCUCUGGUCUGUUUUUGCAACGGAAGGAAGACUGGAAAAUGAAGAAUGGAAAAUUCAGAUGGAACAAAAAAUCGAGGAUAUCCUAUUAUUGAUAGAAAAACAAAAUGUCUUAAUUGAAAAGCAGUCCAGAACCAUUGAAAGACAGUCGAUAGAAAUAAAACAUCUAAAAAGCAAGGUCCUGUUACUCGAAAGCAAGAUAGGAUUGGCACCUACAAACAACCAAACGGACAAUUUCACCAAAGCAAUGAACGUCACAGAGAGAAAUUUAAAAGAUAGAAAUGGAAUGAUCUACAUGCACGAUACAGAAGCACAAUUGCGGGGAACACGUAGAUCUCUUCUACAAAGUAAUGUUGCCUUCUAUGCCUACAUUUCCAAAGACUUUGGAGGAGUAGGUAAGGGUCACGUUUUUAUCUACGAUACUGUGAUAACGAAUUACGGAAACGCGUACAGCCGACACACCGGAGCUUUUACGGCACCUGCUACGGGAGUUUAUGCCUUUUCUUACACUAUAUAUGCUGCCGGUGAACAUGUGGCUGGAGAGUCGGGCGACUACGGUGAAGUGUCUGUCAAACUGGUCCAUAACGGUGCGUACAAAGGCUCCAUCUAUGCUGAUACGGAGGCAAAUUGGGAUGAAGAGAUGUCUACGGGGUUUGCCGUCCUUAUGUUGCAAGCUGGAGACGUCGUGCUGACAAUGACAACAGGUGGAACUCAAGGCUCCUUUCACAGCAACGAGUCUGGAAGAUGGUCUUUUUCUGGGUUUCAGAUUGCUUAAACAAUGUAUUGCAUAAUAAAUAAAAGUAUACUUUCGUUGUAAAGACACCUAUUCAUAUUGUAAAAUCUUUGCAUGAAUUAUUCACUAUUAAAAAGUAAUGCCUUUA